AUGGCUUCGCAGCUCGACCUCAUCGUGCUCGGCCUCGGCGGCCUCCUCGCCGUCCUCUACCUCUUCCGCGAGAGCCUGUUUGGCGGCGCAAAGGACACCGGCUCUAAGCUCGCCAACGGCGCAGCCCUUGCCACCUCCGAUGAGGGCGGCGCCGACUUUGUCUCGAAGCUCAAGUCGCAGAAGAAGCGCAUCGCCAUCUUCUACGGCUCCCAGACCGGCACCGCCGAGGAGUACGCCACCAAGCUCGCCAAGGAGGCCAAGGCUCGCUUCGGCACCUCCUCCCUCGUCCUCGACCCCGAAGAGUACGAGUUUGAAAAGCUCGACCAGAUGCCCGACGACUGCGUCGCCGUCUUUGUCAUGGCCACCUACGGCGAGGGCGAGCCUACAGACAACGCCGUCGGCCUCAUGGAAUUCAUCGAGAACGAAUCUCCCGAAUUCUCCAACGGCAGCGAACGCCUCGAGAACCUCAACUACGUCAUCUUUGGCCUCGGCAACCGCACCUACGAGCAUUUCAACGCCGUCGCACGCAAGCUCGACGCGCGCCUCGAGUCGCUCGGGGCGAAGCGCAUCGGCGAGCGCGGAGAGGGCGACGACGACAAGAGCAUGGAGGAGGACUACCUCGCCUGGAAGGAUUCCAUGUUCGAGGCGCUCGCCUCGUCGCUCAACUUUGAGGAGGGCGGCGGAGGCGACGUGCCCGACUUCAAGGUGACCGAGCUCGCCGACCACCCGGAGGACAAGGUGUACCACGGAGAGCUCUCCGCCCGUGCCCUGCUCGGCACCAAGGGCAUCCACGACGCAAAGAACCCUUACAACGCCGUCGUCUCGCAGGCGCGCGAGCUCUUUGUCGAGGGCACCGCCGACCGAACCUGCGUGCACGUCGAGUUCGACAUUGACGGCUCCGGCAUCUCGUACCAGCACGGCGACCACAUCGCCGUGUGGGCGCACAACCCGGAGCACGAGGUGGAGCGCGUGCUCGCCGUCUUUGGCCUGCUCGACAAGCGCAACACGGUCAUCGACGUCGAGUCGCUCGACCCCACGCUCGCCAAGGUGCCCUUCCCCGUGCCCACCACCUACGAAGCCGUCUUCCGCCACUACCUCGACAUCACCAGCCACGCAUCGCGCCAGACGCUCAACAGCUUUGCCAAGUUUGCUCCAUCGCCCGACAUCCGCGCCAAGCUCGAGCAGAUCUGCGCCAACAAGGACACCUUCCAAGCCGACAUCGGCAGCCGCCUGCUCAAGACCGCCGAGGCCAUGCAGUGGGUGGCCGGCGACGACCUGCAGGCCGACGUGAGCGCCAUCAAGCCGUGGAACAUCCCGUUUGACCGCGUCAUCUCGGACCUGCCGCGCGUCGGACCUCGCUUCUACUCGAUCUCGUCGAGCCCCAAGAUGCACCCCAAGUCGGUGCACAUCACGGCGGUGGUGCUGCGCUACCAGGCGUCCAAGCAGUCGCCGUGGGUGCACGGCCUGGCCACCAACUUUAUCAGCAGCAUCAAGAUGGAGAAGAACGGCGAGCAGCCCACGGGCGCCAACGACCCGCGCUUCGGCACACCCAAGUACCAGCUCACGGGUCCGCGCGGCGUCUACACCAAGGACGGCCAGUACCGCGCGCCCAUCCACAUCCGACGAUCCAACUUCCGCCUGCCCACGUCGCCCAAGAUCCCGGUGAUCAUGGUGGGACCGGGCACGGGCGUGGCGCCCUUCCGUUCGUUUGUGCAGGACCGCGUAUGCAGCGCCGAAAAGGCCAUGGAGAAGGGCGGCAAGUCGGCCGAGGAGGCGCUCAAGGAUUGGGGCAACAUCUGGCUCUUCUACGGCUGCCGACGCGCCAGCGAGGACUUUCUCUACCGCGACGAGUGGCCGCAGUACGCCGAGAAGCUGGGCGGCAAGUUCAUCAUGGAGACGUCGCUGUCGCGCGAAAAGUUCAAGCCGGACGGCUCCAAGAUGUACGUGCAGGAUCUGCUGUGGGAGCGACGCAAGCAGAUCGCCGAGGACAUCCUGGAGCGCAAGGCGUACAUCUACAUCUGCGGCGAGGCCAAGGGCAUGGCGCACGACGUCGAGGCCAUCUUUGCCAAGAUCCUCGAGGAGGCCAAGGGCUCGGCCGACGAGGCCAAGAAGGAGAUGAAGCUGCUCAAGGAGCGUUCCAGGCUUCUGCUCGAUGUGUGGUCGUAG